UUAAUCACCGCUGGGUUUUUUUUAUUUUUUCUUAAACCAAAAACUACUGAAAAUUUUGAAAAAAAAAAAUUUUUUUUCUUCGUUUUUGUUAUAAAAUUUGGUAAAUAAGUGAUUUUUCUCCUUCACUGAUGUGUGCUAAUGAGGCUGCAGUGAUGGGCACUGAUAGGCUGCACUGAUGGACACUGAGGAGGCACUGAUGGGCACUGAUAUGUGGCAUUGAUGUGGCACUGAUGGGCAUGGCAGGUA